CUAGGAUCAGGAUCCUCUGAAAAUCGGGACUCUAAAAUGGGCUCGCUGGAGACACCCUCAAGCACGGAAAACGGGACUGCACCUGUCGCCGGCGGCGGCAAAACUCCCGCUGCCGAUGAGGUACCCUUGCAGCCCACGGGGGACGUCGAAAUGGCGUCGGAGAAGCCGAUGGAAUCCGAUCCGUCGAAGAGGCGUAGGAUGGGUUUACUUCCCCUGGAGGUUGGUACUAGGGUCUUGUGCCGAUGGAGGGACGGAAAGUUUCACCCUGUAAAGGUCAUUGAACGCCGCAAGAUGCCAACCGGUGACCCCAAUGAUUAUGAGUACUACGUCCAUUACACUGAAUUUAAUAGGAGGCUUGACGAGUGGGUGAAGCUAGAACAACUUGACCUUGAUUCAGUGGAGGCUGUUGUUGAUGAGAAAGUGGAGGAUAAGGUGACAAGCUUGAAGAUGACACGCCACCAAAAGCGGAAGAUUGAUGAAACACAUGUAGAGGAGGGGCAUGAGGAACUGGAUGCUGCUAGCUUGCGAGAGCAUGAGGAAUUUACAAAAGUGAAAAAUAUAGCCACUAUUGAGCUUGGAAGAUAUGAGAUUGAGACUUGGUACUUCUCCCCAUUCCCACCAGAAUAUAAUGACUGUGUGAAGCUGUACUUCUGUGAAUUUUGCCUCAAUUUCAUGAAGCUCAAAGAACAGCUUCAGAGGCAUAUGAGGAAGUGUGACCUUAAGCACCCCCCUGGUGAUGAGAUAUAUAGAAGUGGUACUCUGUCAAUGUUUGAGGUCGAUGGCAAAAAGAACAAGAUUUAUGGGCAGAAUCUCUGUUACCUGGCAAAAUUGUUUCUUGAUCACAAGACCCUCUAUUAUGAUGUGGACUUGUUUCUGUUCUAUGUUUUGUGUGAAUGUGAUGAUCGAGGAUGCCAUAUGGUUGGCUAUUUUUCCAAGGAAAAACAUUCAGAGGAAUCUUAUAAUUUGGCGUGUAUCCUCACCCUUCCACCCUACCAGAGGAAAGGCUAUGGCAAAUUUCUAAUAGCAUUCUCAUAUGAACUUUCUAAGAAGGAGGGAAAAGUUGGCACACCUGAAAGACCCCUUUCUGACCUUGGGCUGCUGAGCUACCGAGGAUAUUGGACCAGGGUUCUGUUGGACAUCUUGAAGAAGCAUAAGGGUAAUAUAUCUAUCAAGGAGCUGAGUGACAUGACAGCCAUCAAAGCUGAAGACAUAUUGACUACCCUUCAGAGCCUAGAAUUGAUCCAAUACAGGAAAGGACAGCAUGUUAUAUGUGCAGAUCCGAAAGUGUUGGAUCGCCAUCUGAAAGCUGCUGGAAGAGGCGGUCUGGAGGUUGAUGUUAGCAAAUUGAUUUGGACUCCUUAUAAAGAACAGGGGUGAUGGUGACAAAUCAUCAGAGACACUUAUACUAAUGUAACUUGAGCUUGUAUGAAUACAGAUUCUAGGUUAGAGUUGUUAAAUAUGUAUGUAUUAGCAUAAAAAAGGUUUGUUAUGUACUUGAAUUAGCACAGGAAGUUUAAUAAUCCCUAUCCCUUGAAAGGAAAAUCAAAAGACCUUCGUAGUUGCUUCUCAUCGUGCCCAUUUUGUUUCUCAUGCCCAACGUUGUGGACUUGAGCUGGUUUGGCCGGGACGGCAGAGCUGGCCUGAGCACAUGCCGUCGAGUCUACUCAUGUUGGUAGUGAAUAGGCGAGUCCCCUUGUGUAUAUGUAUUAUGUAUGAUGAUUUGUGAAUACUAUGAUUUCUGGCGCGGCGCGUAAUUUCCAUAA